UACACUUGAAGGAAGAGAAAUACGGACUGGGACCAAGGGAAUAGCUCCAACUGUCCGAGGGGUUGGGAUUUGGUAAUAGCAGAUAGCAUAAAAAGCAGUCGUCCAAUCAUUGAGAAUAUUUAUUGACAUUUACUGAUACGGUACCUGUGCAAUGACAGACUUGCUGGUUGAUGUCCACGAAGACCUUCCCCUACCUCCUGAUACAGUCAGUGUCCACUUGAUAGAAGGUACAUACCAGUACUGGCACUACCUGUGUGAUGGCGUGGAUGACAGGGGUUGGGGAUGCGGCUACAGAACGCUGCAGACAUUGUGUUCUUGGAUUCUCCUUCAUGAAAAAAAGCCAUCCAAAAGGCCUGUACCCAGCAUUCCUGAACUCCAGGAGGCACUAGUUAAAAUGCAAGACAAACAGAAGACUUUUCUUGGUUCUAGAGACUGGAUUGGAAGCUUUGAAGUGUCAUUAUGUUUGGACUAUUUUUAUGAUGUACCUGGAAAAAUUGUGCACUUGGAGAGUGGAGCAGACCUGCCAAGUUGUGUAGAUCAACUGGUGGACCAUUUUACUACCACCAAAGCACCUGUUAUGAUGGGUGGAGACAGUGACAACUCUUCCAAGGGUGUGCUUGGAAUCUGUAAAACGACCAAUUCAACAUAUUUACUCAUAUUGGAUCCUCACUGCAGCAAAAGAGGUACAGAUAAGGAGGAACUCCAGAGAGACGGUUGGAUUAAGUGGAGACCAUUAGAAAGCUUUGUGAUGAAUUCUUUUUAUAACCUCUGUCUACCUCAGUACAAGGCAAGACCCCCAUAAAUAUCAUUUUGAGAUGUGUGAUCAACUAAGAAAGCUGACACUGAGACGUGUCCAUAAGGAAAAGGAGCUCUUAUUUCCUUCAGAAUGAAGUAAGAUAUAUCAUGGUGAAGUAAUCCAUCUACUAAGAUGAGAACCUUUAAAAAUCACAUAAGUGAGUCUGGUUUGUUUUUCAAGAUGAGCUCAUAUGCUGCAUUUUGUUAGAUGUCAAACUUUAUGAAGUUGGUCUUUUGACAGCUUUUGCUUAUUUAUUGUUCUUACACAUUUUAAGAUAAGAAGUGUACAUUUUUCAUACCUACAACUUCACAUUAUCACUCUUCUAUGCAGAAGACAUCCUUUCAAUUUUUUAUGUAACAUCUGGACGCUCUCUAUUUCUUCCUUUUUUCACAUAAUUUAUUUUUGCAUUAUUUGAAAUAUUGACAGUGAGAGCACUAUAUUAACAAUAUCAUGAAUUUUACUCCAAUUUCUUCAGGACAUUGAAGUGCAAUAUAACUGUUGGUACUUAG